AUGUUCUGGUGUUCUCCUGAGCAGGAUGAGAUGGUGAAAGUUAUCUAUAAGAUUGUAGACAAUAAUGAAAGUCAUUACCCUGACACAGAGGAGGAAGAUGCUGAGACGCGCCUAGAAGCUCAACACACAGGAGGAGACACUGCAUGGAGCAGGUGGUACAGACUGAUUGCAGUGUUUCUGGUGAUGCUGUGUUUACUGCUGACUGCCAUCAUAGUGCUGUGGAUCAAAUACCCCAACCUGAAGGAGUCACAGACCAGAUGGAAUUAUACCAACUCCAGUGUUUACAUCAUCAUUAAUGAGCAGAAGAGCUGGACUGAGAGCAGAAAGAACUGUAGAGAGACAGGAGCAGACCUGGUGAUCAUAACCAGCAGAGAGGAACAGGAAUUCGUCACUAAACUGCGGGCUGGAGGAAGAGCUUGGAUUGGUCUGAGUAACAGAGAGGGCGAGUGGAAGUGGGUGGACGAUACAACACUGAUCACUGGGUUCUGGGGAGAUAAAGAACCAAACAGUGCUGCAAGAGAAGAUCGUUGUGUUAUAACUCGUAAAACAUCUGAUCCUGUGAAGAACUGGGGUGAUGUUCUCUGUAAUAAAACGUAUAAUUGGAUCUGUGAGAAGAAAAUCUUUAACUGAACUGCUGUGUGUGAAUGAAAAGCAGUAAAUUGAAUGUACAUGUGUAUCUGUGUGUGUGUGAGUGUGUUGUGUCUGUAAAAUCCUCAUUACUGUUAAUAACUCUGUAACCAUCACGGUGUCACCUGUUUAUCUUUCAGAGAUUAUUUUUCAUUCAGGUUUGUUUAUGAAACGCUACAGAUUCUACAGUAGUGACGUGUACAAACACCAGAGCUGUGGGCUUUCAUUUGGGAUUUAACUGCAUUUGGACGACUUUACAGUCAUGUGUGUGUCAACAUGGCCACCAGAUUAACUUAGUCUAGUCUAAUUUAGGUGUUGCAC